UCGUUCAUCUCCAUUAUCACGGAAAGAACGCAUGUGCUUGAGCGCCACUUGAUAGAAUCGAGGCUACUUCAAGUAUCAACAAGCAGCACUUGAUAAGAGAAGGAGAUGUGGCGGCCGUGCCGACUUGGUCCGCACCUACAUUACGGCCGCCGACGGUCACCAUUACCCCUACUUGGCAGCGAAAGCGAAGAUGAGAGAGGGCAACACCUCUGGGUGGGCAGAGGUGCUGGAUAUAUGGAGGCGUAAGCUAAGCUGGCUGCCGAUUCCCGACCUCAUGGGCCUCUUGCGUGCCUGCGGGAUCGGACGAGGGAGGGAGCAAGAUAGGAGGUUCCGAUCUCAAGGCUCUAGAAGAGAUUCCCACCGUUUCCAUUGGACAUUCUCGUAUCUGUUCGCAGGCACCUACUCGGGGUACAAGGUAGGUACGUUGUAAGCCAAAUAAUCCACGUGCGUGCAAUGAACCUGUUGGAAGCACUCGGGC